AUAUAUGAACGGUCCCGUUGAUCAACCCAAAGCCUUCGAUACCUUUCGACAACCUGUCGAGCCUCAGUCGAAAGUCAUCGCUGGGAGUGAGCAGCAAUGAAGUUGACUUUACUGACCCUCGGGGUCAUCCUGGGCACCGUUGUGUCCGCCCCAACCGAACCUAAGGCGGAUGAGUUGAAGGGCUUCUCGCUCGAGGAGGUGGUUCCGAACCAGUUUGGACAGCGUUUCUUCACCGGUACCUGGUUGACGGGCAACGAGCUGCUGUACCGCAACGCGGAUGGUAAUUACGCGCGGCUGAACGUGGCUGAUAAGACCGAAAGUGUGCUGUUGGAUCCGAAGGACUUGGAGGCCAAGUGGCCGGGGGCGUCCGUUCAGUUUGUCAAGCCGAACUUUGACAAGGUGUUGAUUCGGUACGCUGUUCGGACGGUGUUCCGCCACUCGACGCUGUCCAAGUAUGCGGUUUUGGAUCUUGUCACGAGAAAUUCGUACGAUGUAGCUGGUGGAGAAGAGGUAUCGAUCUGUAUUCUAUCGCCUACCGGUGGAUCACUAGCUUAUGUGAAGGCCAACAACGUGUUCUACCGUCCAAAUCUUGUGGUAGAUCAAGAAGUUCACUUGACUGAAGAUGGAGUACCGGGGGUGAUCUACAACGGAGUUCCCGAUUGGGUUUAUGAAGAGGAAGUCUUCGGCACGGACGCCACUUUGUGGUUCUCGAACGAUGGAUCACACCUCGCUAUGGCAAGUUUUGAUGAUACCGAAGUGAAGGAGUUCUCGUAUCACAUCUACGGAGAGCCGGAGGAUCCCGCUUACCAGUAUCCGGAAGAGUUCAAAAUUCGCUACCCCAAGGUCAACACGACGAAUCCGACGGUUCAUUUGCGAGUUCGUGCUCUGAACAACCUUGCGGAAACGUGGAUCGAGCUCCCUGCUCCGGUUGACGUGAUCGGUGAAGAUCAUAUUCUGGGCACGGUCAACUGGAUUGGAAAUGACGUGGGAGCGAUCUGGCUGAAUCGUAGACAAAACGUGGCCACCUUCCAGAAGUGCAACGUGCAGUCCCAAGUCUGCACGGAGCUCGCCGGACUGAGUGAACCUAACGGCUGGUACGAUGUGUACACCCCGCGUUGCACCGCUUCCGGUGAUCGCUGCUUCUUCCUGGGUGAUCAGCACGGUUGGAGACGGAUCUGGGAAAUUCGGGGGGAUCAAAUCACGUUCAAAUCCCCCGAGGAAUUCACCGUUGCGGGCAUCAACGGAUACGACGAAGCUAACAACGAUCUGUACUACACGGCCAUUCCAGCCCACAAGCCGAACCAUCGCCAUGUGUAUCGCGAUGGCGGUUGUCUAACUUGUAACCUGCUCAAGGACAAACUUAGUAACGAAACGCCCUGUAACUAUGCCAGCGUAUCGUUUAGUCCCGAUUUCUCGUACUUUGCCGCGACCUGCUCCGGACCGACGCCGUCGUACUCGCAGAUCUUCCGCACGGCUGAUCUUCAGCUGGUCAUGGACUGGGAGCUGAACGUGCAGCUGCGCGAUCGGCUGUCCGGCUACAAGAAGACUCAGGUGCGCUUCCUGCGAGUACCGGUAGCCAACGGUAUGGAGGCUUCCGUGCGGCUGUAUCUUCCGCCGGAGAUUGACUUUGAAGUUCCGGAGAACAACCAGCGUAAAUAUCCAAUGAUCGUACAGGUCUACGGUGGACCCAACUCUGCUCGCGUCAUUGACACGUUCACGGUCGGUUUUGGGGACUAUCUGACCACUACCAAGCAGAUCAUUUACUGUCAGAUCGAUGGUCGCGGAACCGGUAACCAGGGCUAUGAGUUCCUGUUCACGGUGAACAACCAGUUGGGAUCGGUGGAGAUCGAGGAUCUGAUCGCGGUGACCAAGUCUCUGCAGGACCAGUACGCGUUCAUUGAUAGCGAGCGGACCGGUGUUUGGGGUUGGAGCUACGGUGGGUACGUGACUUCGAUGACCCUGGAGAAGGACAGCGCGCGGGUGUUCCGAUGCGGGAUCGCGGUAGCUCCGGUCACCUCGUGGAUGUUCUACGACUCGAUCUACACGGAACGGUUCAUGGGUUUGCCGAGAGAGGAUGACAAUGCGAGGGGGUACGAGGCCGGUGACGUGUCCCGGUUCGUGGACGGAAUGGAGGGGCACCUGUUUUUGCUGAUUCACGGCAACGGGGAUGACAACGUGCACUACCAGAACUCGAUGGUGUACGUGCGGGCACUCGUUGAGAAAGAUGUGCAGUUUGAACAGAUGAGCUAUCCAGACGAAGCCCAUGGCCUUGUGGGUGUUCAACGGCACCUGUACCACACCAUGGACAGCUUCUGGAACGAGUGCUUCGCAUGAUGUGGUCUGCUUAAAUAAAACUUGCUUAGUGACAAGUGCUAGUCAAUUAUGAAAUCACCAUUUAGUUUGCAAA